AUGGCUGCUAGGACGCUCCGAAUUGGCCUUAUUCCCGGCGAUGGCAUCGGCAAAGAAGUCAUUCCGGCCGGCCGCCGCAUCCUCGAGGCUCUUCCCCUUUCUCUCGGUCUCAAAUUUGAUUUCGUCGACCUCAAGGCUGGGUUUGAGACCUUUGAGCAAACUGGCGCUGCUCUGCCUGAUAAGACCGUUGAGAUCUUGAAGAAGGAGUGCGACGGAGCGCUAUUCGGCGCCACCGUUUUGACCGCCAAGAAACCUAUCGACAUGGUCAUUGUCCGCGAGAACACUGAGGAUCUUUAUGUCAAGGAAGAGAAGACAUUUGAUGCUGCUGAUGGCUCUGGGAAGGUAGCCGAGGCUAUCAAACGUAUCUCAGAGAAGGCCUCCUACCGAAUUUCUGCCAUGGCUGGCGAGAUUGCUCUCCGACGUCAAAAGAUCCGUGAGGCUGGCGCAUCCAGCAUCCACUCUGCACCCCUUGUCACCAUUACUCAUAAGUCCAACGUCCUUUCACAGACUGAUGGUCUCUUCCGCUCUACUGCGCGUGCUGCUCUUUCCGAGGCCCGCUUCUCUUCUGUUAAUACGGAGGAGCAAAUUGUAGAUUCUAUGGUCUACAAGCUCUUCCGCCAGCCUGAGGCUUACGACGUUAUUGUUGCCCCCAACCUCUACGGUGACAUCCUAUCCGAUGGUGCUGCUGCUCUCGUAGGAUCUCUUGGUCUCGUCCCUAGUGCUAAUGUUGGCGAGGGCUUUGCCAUUGGUGAGCCUUGUCACGGAAGCGCCCCUGACAUCAUGGGCCAGGGCAUUGCCAAUCCGAUUGCGACCCUACGAAGUGCCGCGCUUAUGCUUGAGUUCUUGAAUGAAGAAGAAGCUGCCGCUAAGAUAUACGCCGCUGUCGAUGGGAAUCUUGAGGACGGAACUAUCGUCAGUCCUGACCUCGGCGGCAAGGCCACUACCGAGGAGGUUCUCCAGGACGUGCUCAGGAGGUUAUAA